AUGCAGUCAUUCUUGCAAUACCAACGACUACGCCAGAGCCUACAACAGGCCAUUCAACUGCACCGUCCUGAUGAUCCCCAACCGAGAAAUCCCGAGAGCGUUCAAGGAGAGAAACCAGUUGAGUUACAUGAUGGACAGUGGGCGACCAUCCCGGGCAUCACCAUUCAACAACGUUCCUCAGAUGCGGCAACCAGCACUUACACGGUCUUCAUCGUCGGAUUCGACGGACCCGAUGACCCUCUCAAUCCUAAAAACUGGUCUCUGCGACGCAAAUGGACAACCUUGGGCAUUGUGGGAUCUACCGGCUUACUGGUGGGAUGGGCCUCUGCCAUCGACUCCGCAGUGAUCAAACAAGGCCAGGAAGAAUUCGGAGUCAGCGAGGUGGCCGAAUCCCUGGCCACAGCCCUCUAUCUCUUUGCCUUUGGGCUUGGAUCCCUCGUGGCGGCGCCAUUCUCCGAGACCGUGGGCCGCAACCCAGUCUACUUGGUGACGUUGUCGCUGCUGAUGAUCUUCAUCAUGGCGUCAGGGCUGGCGCCAAAUUUCGGCGCGCAGCUGGCUUUCCGAUUCAUCGCGGGUCUGUUUGGAUGCACGCCGCUGACCACCUUCGGCGGCAGCAUGUCGGAUAUUUUCAACCCCCUUGAUCGCACCUACGCCUUCCCCAUGUGCUGUACCUUGUCCUUCCUGGGCCCCUUCCUGGCGCCCAUGGUCGGAGCGUUCAUCGGCCAAAGCUCAGCCAUCAGCUGGCGCUGGACGGAAUGGACCUCGCUAAUCCUCGCCGGGCUGAUCACGACGGCCAUCUUCCUCUUCGUGCCGGAGACAUACAGUCCGGUACUCCUGCAAUGGAAGGCCCGCCAUCUUCGCGCCUUGACCGGAGAUGGGCGCUUCGUUGCGGAGAUCGAGCCGCGUCAGGCCAGCUUUGCCCGUCGACUGAUGAGCAGCUGCUCUCGACCGUUCGAAAUGUUCUUCCACGAGCUGAUGGUUGCCCUGUUUACGAUGUACCUGGUGGUCGUAUAUAUUGUGUUAUUUGGCUUCCUCACCGGAUACGACUUCAUCUACGGCAAGACGUACGGAUUCUCGCAGGGAUCGGUGGGACUAGCCUUUAUCGGCCAGAACGUGGGGUUUCUCGUCGCGUUUGCUCUCGUACCGUAUAUCUACAUCUCGUACAAACGACGACUAGAUGCGGCCCUAGCCAAGGGGGAGGCUGGUCUCCCGCCCGAGGAAAGACUCUGGUUCGCCAUGUACGGCGCCCCAUGGCUCCCCAUCUCGCUCUUCUGGAUGGGAUGGACCAGUUUCCCGCCUAUUUCGUACUGGUCCGCGCAGAUCGCCUCGGUCGCGUUUGGGUUCUCCGUCCAGGGAAUCUUUAUUUCCAGCUAUCAGUAUCUGAUCGAUACGUACGAGGAGUACGCGGCCAGUGCGCUGGUAAGUGCCACCUUCAUGCGUUAUCUGGCGGCGGGGGCGAUGGUCAUCGUGUCGAUCCCGAUGUUCGGCAAUCUGGGGGUGCAUUGGUCGCUGACUCUCCUGGGAUGUAUCUCGCUGGUGAUGACUCCAGUGCCGUACGUGUUUUAUCGCUAUGGGCAUUUUUUUCGAGCACGCAGUAGGGCGGCACAUAGCUUGGAUAAGAUAUGA